AUGGAGAAACUUCAGGAGAUGUGGGAAACUUUUCAGUUGAAUGAUGAAGAAGGGGAGGCAAUAGAGCUUGAGGAGGAAGGUAGUUCGGAAGUGCAGAGAAAGGGUGAACGCAGUUUGAUUGGUAAGAUAUGGUCGGAGAGGGUGAUCGGGAAGAAUAUAGUCGAAAAUACUAUGGGCAGGGUGUGGAGGCUAAGUAAACCAGCCAUUUUCACAGAAGUGGGACGUAAUGUUUUUGUGAUUACCUUCGCUACUCAUGCUGAUAAGAACCGAGUGGAGAGUGGGCGUCCAUGGCUGUUUGAUGGUAACAUUUUUGUUAUGAAUGUGUUUGAUGGGUAUACUCCCUUGGGUCACAUGUCAUUUGAUAAGGCAGCAAUGUGGGUGCAGUUCCAUAAUUUACCAUUGGCAGGAAUGUCUAAGGAGUGUGGGAUUAGGCUCGGAAGCUCGCUAGGGGAGGUGGAGGAGGUGGAGGAGGUGGAAGUGGAUGUGGAUGAUGUGGGAUGGGGGUCUUUUCUUAGAGUGAGGAUCUGUUUGGAUCUAACAAAGCCUCUAGCACGAGGUCGUACCAUUAAACUGCAAGGAGUUCAAACAUGGGUCCCGAUUACUUAUGAAAAAUUGCCACGGUUCUGCCUUGAUUGUGGAAGGAUUAUCCAUGGCGAGAUGAAGUGUAACUCUGCUGCUGGAAUUAAAAGUGAUACCAAACAGUUUGGUAGUUGGCUGCGCGCGGAUGGAGGAGUACGUAGAUUUCCAUAUAGUCCUCGCCGAGGAGAUACCAUGGCUGGUAAGAGUAGAUCAUCGGAGGAAGGCCAGCCGGAGGGGUCGAAGGAGGGAGACAACAGUGCUGUUAAUGUGAAUCGUAACGGUGCUGAUUUUCAGGAACCGUUUGAUCAGAAUGGCGAAUAUUCAGGACCUUUUGAUUGCGGAGUGAAGAAUUCUAAUGAGGUGGCAGGAGGCUUGAUGGCUGAAGCUGAUUUUGUGGGAAGGACUUCGGAUCAGAUGACUCGUCGCGAUUAUGGCAUUUCAGUUACGCAGGUCUCGGAGGCUGAAGGUAACGGUAAUUUGAAUGUAAUACGUGUGGAGUCUUCUGUGGUGGGCCAGGUGACAGUUGAGGCCUCUCAAGCCCAUGUUUCUAUUGGUAACCAAGCCCAGUUGCCUGCUGGAACAAUACAUCCUCCGAGAAGAUCUACUCGAUCAACCUGGAAAAAACGUGCUAGAGCCACAGGUAUGAGUACUUUGUCACAGAAUGCUAAUACCUGUAGGAAAAGGCAGGCUGAUAAUGGUGACAAGGCUGUUUACACAAACUUUGUGCAUGAUAAUAAAAAGAAAUUAAAACUGGCAGAGAUGGAUGUAAGAGGGAAAGGAAAGAUAGGAGAAAGUAUGGUUAAGCAGGUUGGUGAGAAUAAGUUGACAUUGGCAGAGGCUGUUAUACAGCCCUGCCGACCUCAAUGA